AUGGAGGAUGCCGAUGAGCCACCUAAGAAGAAAGCACGAAAGAGUAAAACAACAACAAACAACAAUAAACAACCAACUGGCGAAAGACCGCAUGGAAUGAAUGAGGAUAACUGGUGUCGCUCUUGUGCACAAUGGGGGCACAAAAGAAGUACAAGUAAACUUUGUCCCAACAACAAGAGAAAGAAAACAGUUGUUCCAGUACUCCCUUCGGUGCAGCAACUGGAAGCGAUGUCACUAGUGGAGAGUGAAUCCGCUACAAUGGACGCUUUGGAUUACAUCACUUUGGACGAAGACAAUGAGACAUCCGUGGAAGAAGUGAUUGAUGGAGUUCUAUGUUUAGAUGAAGAAGAUUGA